ACAAGCUGGAGAGCAGAAGUGCAGCGCGAAGCGCGCGUGGGUUCCUCCAGUAGUGACAGUCUUCCUCACCGCGGAGUAUCCAGAGGUGUGCAACCUGGACCCCAGAGGAUGCUGUUUUCCUCAUUUGUGGUGACAAAUAGGCAGCCUUUGGAGAAAGGGCGAUGUGCUGUGCUGCAGUUGACCCCUGACAUCUCAUUUGGACCUGAUAUAUGGCGCAGUCACAGCCUGCUGUUUCCCAUCUGAUGAAAUGACCAGGUUUAAACGACGAGACAAAGUUGCAGAGAUUGAAAUUAGAGCGACCCUGAUUUUGCCAACUAAUGAGCUGUGAGCAAGAGCAGCUGAGGGGUAACCAGGAGACACCCACUCCCCCAGAUCCAUCCAUGGCCCAGACUUACCCAUCAGCCCAGUUUGCCCCCCCUCCCCAGAAUGGCAUUACCACAGAGUUCACAGCUUCACACCCUCACCCACAUCCGCACUCCCAUCCACACUCACACCAGCAUCCUGCACCCCAAGACUACCCCGGGGUUCAGGCCUCUAUCAGUGACCAUCCACUCAACAUGUACCAGUCCACACCGAGCCACAGCGACCAGAAUGGGACCAACAUCGGAAGUCAGACGGUCACCGGCACAGCCACACAGACAGACGACCCAGCACAGACAGACAGUCAUCCACCAACACAGACUGUACCUGAGAGCACAGACAGCAAGGCCCAACCCAAAAGACUUCAUGUCUCCAACAUCCCCUUCAGGUUCAGAGAUCCAGACCUCAGGCAAAUGUUUGGGCAAUUUGGCAAAAUCUUAGAUGUGGAAAUCAUCUUCAACGAACGUGGUUCAAAGGGUUUUGGAUUCGUAACAUUCGAGCAUAGUAUGGAUGCCGACAGGGCCAGGGAGAAAUUACACGGCACUGUGGUGGAAGGCCGUAAAAUAGAGGUCAACAAUGCAACUGCCCGAGUAAUGACAAAUAAGAAGACUGUCAACCCAUAUGCAAAUGGCUGGAAGUUGAAUCCAGUGGUCAGUGCUGUCUACAGCCCCGAAUUUUAUGCAGUGCCAGGGUUUCCCUACCCAGCAGCCAGUGCAGCAGCAGCAGCAGCCGCAGCCUACAGAGGAACCCACCUACGAGGUCGAGGAAGGACAGUCUACAACACAUUCAGAGCGGCCGCGCCACCUCCUCAUAUUCCUGCCUAUGGAGGUGUUGUUUACCAGGAUGGAUUUUAUGGUGCAGAUAUUUAUGGUGGUUACGCUGCCUACAGAUUUGCCCAACCUACUGCUGCCACAGCAGCUGCAUACAGUGACAGUUAUGGACGAGUAUAUGCUGCCGAUCCCUACAACCACACACUCACUCCAGCCGCCACAUACAGCGUUGGUGCCAUGAAUGCAUUCACCCCUCUGACAGAUGCCAAAACACGGAGCCAUGUUGACGACGUAGGGCUUGUGCUGUCCUCCCUCCAGGCUAGUAUAUACCGGGGAGGCUACAGCCGCUUUGCUCCCUAUUAGCAAGACUUCCCAACUGAAACACAACCUUCCAACUGGAUAGGAAGAAAGCGUCUGUGUGUGUGUGCGUGCGAGUGUGUGUAUGCAUGUGUGUGUGGAUAUUAAGAGAGACAUUGCUGAGGCCUGGGUAUUGCAAUACAUGCAACUUAAGCAUCAUUUCAGCAUCUCCUAAGAGAGAGAAAAAUCUAUGACUAAAAUGACAGCUGAUAUUUUUCAUCUUAUACCUCAAGAUAUUUUGUGCUGUGUAUUUUGAUAUUGUGGGGUUUUCAUUUGGAAAGAUUUAAACAUCGUUUUCAGCUGUAGAAAUUGUGUCCAUGGUACUAAUAGAGUCAUUGUUAAGAGUUAAAGAUUAGGACACAGAUGAACUAUUUAUCUGAUAGAUAUUAUUGUAUAUAACAGCUAUUAUGAAUUUUUUUUUUCCACACUUGCCAAUGAAAAAGCAUGAGUCGCACAAUCUUAUGAUUUUAUUCCUGAAAAAUGACAGAAAAAGUAGCUUUUUUUGUCUGUUUAAAGGGACUAGGCUUGUCAACAGCUAUUUUUUCUUCUUUCUGCAUCCUUUUGCACUUACUCGUUUUCACCGAUGCAUUUUUUUACGCAGUUUGGAAUCAUGUCGAGGUUUCGAAAACAUUGUCUUAUAAAUUGAGUGUUUGUGAACAUUGGCGGGUCGGAUAGGGUCAUUAAAAACUGCAUCGAGAAGCAACGGCUUGCUAAUUAUUCGAACUCCAUCAUCUGAAGAUCAUGACUUUCUUAUCUCAUUUGUUUUGAGGAAAAGCUAUUUUCCACUGACCUCAACUUUACAUUUCACUGUGCAGUUUUAUUAUGGUCAUUGUAGUAAAUGUCUUGUUGUUUGUAUUAUUUAUUUGAUUCUCUUAAAUUAUUUGAAUCAUUUGUAAAUUGUUUUGCAGUCACUUAGUCAUGAUCCAAAAUUUGGAUUGGAAUGUGAAUGUUAAGUUAUAAGCAAUGCCAGCAAGAUUCAGAAGUGAGCCAGAAGGUUUUCAGAUUGUAGCUUUACCGACUAAAUAAUGUGGUUUCAUCUGCCACGGCCUCCAAAGUACAUAUUUGUUCAUUCAAUGAUUAUUCUGUAAGCUAAAAAAAAAGGUAAGAUAAUUAAAUUGGAUGUGACUGAGAGGUAAAGUCAGAAUACUCCUGAUAAAUUUCGACAUAAUCAUAAAUUGAGCAAUUUACUGCAGCUAAUCCUUUUUUGUCUUGGGUAGCGAUGGUUAUUAGAAUGUAGAUUUUUUUUUUUUUAAUAGGAACUUCCAAUCGCUUGGUAUAUUUGAUCAUUUUUUUAUAUUGCUGGAGAAAAUUCAAGUAUAUAUUUUGCAGUGUAUUUUAUCUUUUUUAAGUGUUCAUUUGGUUUUGCUUUUUUUUCCCCAGUAAAUAAAAAAAAAAACAUGAGGGAUAAGAAGUUAUAAUCAAACAAUGUAUGAUAUUUGAACUGUGCAGUAAAGAUAUUAUCUUAUAUGAAAUACAUCAUGGUAUAAUGUUUUAGAUUUAGCCAAUUAGAUCGGUUGUUAGGGCAAGCUAGCUCCUUUUCUAUCAAGUCACGUUGCGAUUUCUAGCAAGUCUUUACAAAUAAUGACAUUGUAGUUCGACAGUAUAUACGCUCUUUUGUUUACGUUGUCAAAUGUACCAUUUUGCACAUGUAAGGUGUAAUUUCCACAUAAAUCUGAGACAUAUCAGUGCUGUAGGUGUAAAUUUUCCUCCUUUUUUAUUCCGUUGAAUUUGCUCUUUAUGUUAUUCUUAAUGUGACAUAGCUUACUUUUAUAGACUAUCAAUCUCUUUGGAAGCAUAACUGUUUGAAUAUUAUAUACUAUUAUAUACAUAUUAAAAAAGAAAAACAGUAAAUCAUUUGUGAACAAGCUAAUUAAUGAUGUACAUAGAAGUUGAUGGAAUCAAUCUGUAGUGCUUCUGAAUGACACUAUUUGGGGAAAAAGAGACUUUGGAUGGUGCAAGCCAAUCCUUGCGCCACAUUCUGUUUACAAAUAUUCCCAUUUAGUGGUGUUGUUACACACAUAUCUUCCCUUUUGUAUCUAUCACAAAUUAGAAUCCUCAGAUGCACCGAAUUAAAAGGCAGCAAAUUAAAAAGCGUCAGAGCACUUUGGCUCUGCUGGUUGAAAUGUUGCGAAUGACGAUGAGACGGGAUGACUUGAAGGUCUUCACUAUGCUGAAUGUCUGAUUCUGUAACUACUUUAUCUAAAGUGCUGCUUCCAGUAGGUGUUGUGGUUCAAAACGAGGCUUCCUGCACUGUCAUUGUAUGUGCAUGUACUAUGGUUCUUCCACUUGUCAAUAACCAUCAAUAAAGUUUUUUUUUCUCAAA